UCAUUCUGCGCAGAUUGUGCGCAGAAUCUGACCAAUUUAGCCAAUGGGUGCGCUCACAGAAAUCAUUCUUAGAAGAUCAUUGACUAAAUUGGUCAGGUUCUGCACAUAAUCUGCGCAGAAUAAUCUCCCUGAACGCACCCUAUGUAUAGUAUAUCUUCGCAUUUUGAUCUGGGGUGGCAAUCUGCUAAAUCGACGCUCUAUUUUGGUUUGCGUGUUGGUUUGUGGGCAGUGCUUGGGUUUAGCCGACGUCACCUAUGCUAAGCUUUUUCCAAAAUGGCUUACACCUGCUGACUCCGUUGUAAUGACAGCAACUGGGAUCUGUUUAGGUUUUUAUUUUUAAUUUCCUUAAGUAAUCAUAAAUCUAAUCAAACAAAAAAAACAUAACAAAGUAAAAAAAACACAAACAAACAUGUCAACCGAGGAACUGUCAACGUCGGACAGCGAGCCGGGGUUUGCCGGUGGAAUACGGUGGGCGCCUGUGGGAGCGGUGGCAAACUCGGAGGAAGAGAAUGAGGUGAACGUGAAGAGGUGUCCCCCGGAGCCGCAGCCGAUAGGUUUUGUGUCGGCAGGAGGGACGGCAGAGAUGGCUGAGAAACUCAUGAAGCUGGAGGAAGAACAGGAUCUCCUCAACUCGUCCCUGCUGGCCCUCACCUCCCAUUUCGCCCAAGUGCAAUUCCGGCUGAAGCAGAUCGUGCACGCCCAGAGCGAGGAGAAGGAGAAGCUGUUGCUGGAGCUCGAAGAAUUCGCUUUCAAAGGCUGCCCUCACGUUUUGGGAAGCUGGGCUCAGGAGGCACAGCUGCUAGAAAACUCGAGCGAGCGAGAGAAGCGGGAGCGCCUGGAAGCCCAGCGAGGGAAGCAGCGAGAGUUGAUCAUCCAGCUCAAGACCCAGCUCGAUGACCUGGAGAGGUUUGCCUAUCAGGAGGGGAAUUACGACUCGCUCCCCCAGGCCAUGGUCAUGGAGAGGCAGCGGGUAAUCAUUGAUGAGCUAAUUAAGAAGCUGGAUGUGAAUCUGAACGACGAUAUCGGCAGCCUGUCCCCUGAAGAGCUGCGCCAGAGAGUGGACUCUGCCAUCGCACAGGUUGUCAACCCAGCACGAGUCAAAGAGCAGCUGGUGGAGCAGCUGAAAACACAGAUCCGGGACCUCGAGAUGUUCAUCAGCUUCAUCCAAGAUGAAGUUGGAAGCCCCAUGCAGUGUGGACACUCCACAAGCCCCGGUAUGAGAGUGCCUCCUGGCAGAAAGAAAGUGGAUCCCGAGCAGGUGAAGAAGAUCAGAGAAACGGGACUGCAGCUGAUGAGGCGGGCUCUGGCCGUGCUGCAGAUCUUCGCUGUCAGUCAGUUUGGCUGUGCCACCGGGCAGGUCCCCCGUGGGCUGUGGCAGCAGGAUGAGUGGAGCCAGGACUUCACGCCCCUGCUGCAGAAGCUGGAGUCAUCGGUGGAGAAGGUGAGGCAGCAGGCUCUGAGGAGGCAGCAACACGAGGAACACAUCAUCAGCUACACCAGCUCUCGCAGUGCCUCUGCAGGGAGCAGGGACGAGCUGACAGCCGCCGUGCGCAAAGAGCUGGCCAUGGCUCUGCGGGAUCUCCUGGCCCAUGGUCUCUACGCUCCCUCCCAGGGAAUGAGUCUGGUCCUGGCCCCCAUCUCCUGCCUGCUUCCCACUUUCAGCUCCUCCCCACAAACACUGCACCCCUGGGAGCUCUUUGUCAAGUUCUAUAAUGCCAAAAACGGACGUGCGUUUGUGGAUUCCCCUGCCCGCAAGCUCUCACAGUCUUUCAGCUUGCCUGUGAUGGGGAGCGCCGUGGUGACGCCCAAGCAGUCUCUGCUUUCCGCUAUCCACUCUGUCCUCCAGGAGCACGACCCCUACAAGCGCGGCGCAGACUCAGAGUUCAAGGCACUGGUGUGCAUGGCUCUGAAUGAGCAGCGCCUGGUCUCCUGGGUGAAUCUGAUCUGCAAGUCAGGCGUCCUGGUCCAGUGUCACUACCAGCCCUGGAGCUACAUGGCCCGGACUGGCUUCGAAAGCGGCCUCCAAAUACUGAGCCGGCUGAGCACCUUGCAGUUCAACCUGCCCGUCGACUUGGCCGUACGCCAGCUGAAGAACAUCAGAGAUGCGUUUUGACAAACUACUACAUUUUUUAAAAUAUUGUUAUAUUAAGAAUAUUCUGGACCGGUUCAUUGAUAUCUCCUAGUUGACGGAAACCAUCUAAUUGUCUAUGCCAUGAUCAUCAUUUGUCACACCCAUAUUUACAUUUUUUCACUAUUAAGCAGGUAGAAAGUGAAAGUAAACUUUCCUAAUAAUCCCUGUAUGAACUCUAAACCUGUUGCAUAUUUUGGCUGCCAAGAAGUAUGAAAUUAAUUGGACCAUUUGAGACAAUCUUCCACUUAUUAAUUAGUUAACUGUAAACUAAAAAAACAUGUGUCCAUUCUGGCCAAUGAAAAAAGCAUUAUGAAGUGCUUUCCUUCUAAAUCGAAAUCUGCAUCAUCAGGAACUGGUUCAUGAGU